ACUCAGGUCUGAUUGUUUACAAUCUCUCUGGCUAAAACAUGGCCGCUAGCAAACUCAGUGAUGGCAGUUAGAGUUCCGUGACGCUUCAUUCACUUUUAUUUUUUUUACUUUCGCCCAAGUUCUUUUCCAAUCUCAACACCGACUACGACGCAGCGUCCGACGCAACAGCAUUUCCCCCCUGGUCGCUAGUUUGGCUUUUAUCUUCACUUCCCGCGACUCGUUAGCCGCGGCAGCUAGGUAGCGAGCUAGCUCCUCCAUAGGGAACAAUGAUGACAGCGACUUCUGCGGGUGGCGCCCACUGCCUCCCCGCCACGGGACUGGAUAUAAGUCUGGCUGCUCUGCAGCGGCAAGACCCAUACAUCAACGACAUCGUGGACGUGGCCAGCCAGGUCGCCCUGUACACGUACAACAACAGGGCGAACGAGUGGGAGAAGACCGAGGUGGAAGGGACUCUUUUCAUCUACACAAGGCUGGCAUCUCCCAGGCAUGGUUUCACCAUAAUGAAUAGACUCAGCAUGGAGAACUUGACAGAGCCAAUCACAAAAGACCUGGACUUCCAGCUCCAGGACCCCUUCCUGCUGUACCGCAACGCACGACUGGUUAUCCAUGGGAUUUGGUUCUAUGAUAAGGAGGAUUGUCAACGCGUUGCCCAGAGGAUGAAGCUACUGACCCAGCAGGAACAGGUCCUGGCUCAAUCUCAGGGCGGUUGGUUGUCCCCUGCAGGAGGAGGAGGAGUUGUUGUUGUUGGAGGAGGAGGAGGAGGAGGAGGAGGAGGAGGAGGAAUUUUUGUUGGAGGUGGUGGUGGUGGAGGUGGGAAAGCAGUAGACAUCAUCCAGAUGUUGACCAAAGCACGCACCGCGUAUGACAAGGAGAAGUCUACUUCCGAGCCAAAGGAGAUCGGUGGCAGCAGUGUUCUAUUUGGAAACCCCAACCUGAUCAAACCAAUACCUGUUAAACCAAACACUCAGGAUAGUGAAGGUGCUGAACCCAAGUCUCUCUCUCUGGCCACUCUCUUCGGACCGCAACAUCACCCCUCACCCAAAUCGGACCCGGUCUCUCCCGUGGCUCUGCCUGUGGCGGGGUCAGCAACAGGGAAAUUCGCUCGCCCACCUGUAGCCCGCACGCUGAUCUAUGAUGAUACAGUGAACUCUGGCCGAGGUGUGACCUCCAAAGGAGGUAACGCCGUAGUCAUUGGAGACGGUGGAAAUAUUGUUGCGGGCUUGUUGCAGGGUCCCGUUACUCACCAGCAGCAGCAGCAGCAGCACCAGCAGCAGAACCAGCCGCAGCACUGCCCAGCCAUCCAGAAGCUCAUGCAGGGGCAGAGGGGGGUGCUUCAGCCCCUGUCUGAGUCCCCUGAGAACAGGCUGUGCGACAACGGGGUGCCACUGGAGCAUCACCACCAUCAUCAUCUGUUCCCUCAUCAUCAUCAACAGCACCAUCAUCAUCACCACCACCAACAGCAACAGCUUCAACCCGACCCAAUCAAGAGACUUUUCCAAACCCAGCCACCUCCUCCCUCCUUCCCCUCUGCUGCUCCCCCUUGUUGCUCCAUCCCCCCUCCUCUGCAGCAGCACCCCCACCUCUUUUCUCAGCCCAUCAUGGUGGAUUCUGGGUCAUGUUCCCACCUUCAAGCGCAGCAAAGCCAGCACCUGUUUUUCAGUCUUUCUAAGCCUCAACCAGAAGUUCAGCACAACAGCCACUCAGCUUCAACUCUCCAGGGAGCAGGUUUUUUUCCAUCUCAGGUGACCAGUGACCAAGUCUUUCAAGCUUCACAAGGCCUGUCUUCCCAGAUGCCUGGCGUGGUGUCUCCCCACGAGCUCCUCCAGAAGCUCCAGUUGGUUCAACAGGAACAAAGCCUGGCUUCCAACGACCCUCCUCGACCCAGUCCAGGACUGGCCCCUCGGUUCCUGGGGCCCACUCAUCAGAGUCAAAGUACAGACUUGGUGGUAGCUCCGGUCCCAAAUCAGAUUGCAGCCACUGCAGGUCAAAAGGCUGCACUGCAGUUUCAGGUCACCUCCCCCCAGCGAAUACCAGCCACUGUGGCCCCAAACCUGCUCCUCUCUCCCAGUGUGUUCACUCAGGCAAAGUCUAGUGGCGGGUUGUCAGCAGUUGCCCUGGAGAACUGCCCCGUACCCUCAACCCUGCCCAGAGCCCCUCCACAGGAGGAGGUCAGAGUUCUGUCCCGAGGCCAGCUCCAAACCACACUGCUGCAUCUGAUCCAGGGUGACAGCUCGUUCCUGGACACCAUCUACGAAGCCUACAUCAGCUGCUUUGCUCACGACUCCAGGACCAAGUACCAGUGACUCUUCACACCCUCCGUCAAUACAUAGGCAGACAUCCUGUCCAGAGCAGUGAGGCCUUUCCUCACACCUAAUGAUGAACAACUUCCUCCUUCCACACACACUCUGUACCGAAUAGCCAGUCAACCUGACUCUCUUCAUAUCAAACCAAGACUCUGUAGUUGCAUCAAGAAGCAUUUAUCAAAUUGUUUGUUUCCAUAUCAGAAAAAAAAAAAUCUCUCAAUCUGAGGACAAUUUAUUUUUGGUACAAAUGUGGCAUAACCAUACAGUCUUGACCUCACCUGUAGUUCAGGGGGGAAAUGUAGCCUAUACUGUAGUUGAAAACAAAAUAUGCUGCCACCAACGUUUUCUCAAAGUUUUUAUCGCGUGUAGCAGAAUUUAUUUUUUAAUUUCAUUUUUAUUUAGUUUUUAUUCAGUUUUGUUUUGUUAUAGACUCUAGUCUUUACUCCGCCGCAAACAUCUAACACCAGCCGACAAUCUGGGCUAAUCUCCCUCGUCUAAGAACUUGUGCUUAAGAAAUGUAAAACAUGUUAAACAUGUUUUUGUUUCUGUUCAUUUGGAAAAUUAUGUAUAAUAUGUAUGAAUGCCUAAGCAUAUGUUGGAUUUGACAUUUCAAUCCUUUUAAAUUAAGACUAGUUUGCUUUUGUAAAGGAAUUUUAAUUAAGGAUUCAAUCCAAAUGCAUUUGAAGUUAUUAAAAUGAUACUGUGUCAUUUUGACAUUUCUUUUUCAGCAGAUACUAAAUUUUAUAUCUGCAUUGUUACUUCAGUUAACUGGGUGAAACCAGUGUUAUUCACCAGCGCAUUAGUUUGCCUGCAGGAAACUAUAUCCACAUAAAUACACUGAUGUCAAUCCCAACACAUGAACUAUGUUCUCAUGUGGGAGAUAAAAUCAUGUAAUAUCACAAAACUUUGUAACUGUACUAGUGCUUUAUUCGUGUUAUUCCUCAUCUUAGCGAUAUUAUUAUGAUAAUGAAGGAGUUAAAAAGUGACAUGGCAUUCAUUUGACUUGAAGAAACAAGGAACUUACAGGGGAUUGUCAGCCUGCACUACCUCACAGACAGCUAGAUUAGAGGUGUACCAGUGUUUUUACUCAUUAAUAGCAGAUUGUCACUUAUGUAAUUGGCCAGUUUAAAGAUUAAGUAAUCAGAUAUAUCUAUGAUCAGGAUAUUUGUUUCAGUUAAAGCAAUAAAAGAGUGAAACAGAAGGUAUAUACAAAUAUAUCCAGUUUUAAUGAUUUGGAGUUCACAGGCCUGGCUAAGUAUUGUUGAAAAUAUUAUACACUAUUGCAUCUCAUGUGCAGUGAGGAAAAACGUCAUAUCAACAAACGUUUCUCAUUCUUUGUCAAUCGGUUACUCACUUUGUACAACAAAGCCGUCAGUCGAUAGACUAGUUUGACUUUUUCGGGAUCAGGGUUUGAAAUGCGAGUCUAGCUCCCGUGCUGAACUCUUGUGAUGGUUAGUAGCUUUCAAAGAUUAAACACAAAACAGCAGCAAAAAACAACAAAACAAUGCAUUUUAGGAAAAAAACAAAGUAUUUUUCCCUAUUUUUCUACUCAAGGUUCAAAGUCUAUCGUUCUCGUAUAACAAAUAAACAGCAAGUUACGUUACAUAUGUAUAUCGGCAGUUCUUUGUCGGAUGCCAUUUUGCUGUUCUAAUUCUAAAUAAUCUUUUUCUAAACAUUUCAAAAAUAAUUAGACAUUCGAUUGUUGACAGACACAUUUUUAUUUCUUUAGUCAGGAAUGUUUUGCUCUGACAGAAACUGGAAUAUAUUUUAAUUGGGUAUUAAAUGUUCUCUAACCGCC